UAGUAAUCGAGUUAAAGUAGAUUGAACUUUAAAGUUUAAUGAGAUAAUAAGAUGAUUUUUUAAAUCCAAUUACUAAUUAGAUUGUAUUGAUGAUAAAAAUGUUAUAUCGGAUCCAGAGCUGGUACAAAGUUUUUUUUUUUUUCACUUCUCUCUCUCUCUCUCUCUCUCUCUCUCUCUCUCUCUCUCUCUCUCUCUCUCUCUCUCUCUCUCUCUCUCUAAAAACUUCAUCUUGCAGAUGUAGCAAAUGUAUGUGAUCUACCGAAUCUCUAAUGGCUUCUACUUUCUGUUACCACUUCCUCACUCCAAAGCUCCCAACUCCACCAACUCACAAUACUUCUUCUUCGUCUGAAACCAGCCAAGUCUCUCUCUCUAACAUUGUUUCGAAAGGCAGGAACUUGACGAUCCUUUGCUGCCGCGUGUCACUAAAACAAUCCACUGACCAAAUCGUUGCAGCUCAAGACGACGCCGUUUUACGCGUGGUCUUCGCUGCCGGAGGCACUGGGGGCCACAUUUACCCGGCUAUUGCCAUAGCCGACGAGCUCAAACUAGCUAAACCCAGUUCCCAAAUUCUCUUUUUAGGCACACCCAACAGCAUGGAAAGCGCCUCAAUAACCUCAGCUGGCUACGACUUCGAACCCAUCCCUACCGUCCGAUUAGCCCGACCAAUUCUCUUCUCUCUUCAAAACCUAUUCUUACCUUAUCGUCUCAUCAAAUCAACAAUCCACUGUUUAUCCAAACUACGUGAUUUCGAUCCCCAAAUCGUGAUUGGGACUGGUGGGUACGUCUCAUUCCCAACUUGCUUAGCUGCCGCCAUUAAAGGCAUCAAGGUAGUGAUCCAAGAGCAAAACUCUGUACCUGGUGUUGCCAAUUGGGUUCUUUCCCACUUAUCCGAUAUCGUUUUCGUGGCUUUCAAUUCGACCGUUGAUUGUUUUCCCAAAGGAAAAUGUAUCGUUUCUGGGAAUCCUGUUAGGCUUUCGUCGAAGAAGGGUGUUUCGAAAGGGGUGGCGAGGUUAAGUUUCUUUCCAGAAUGGAAGGAAAUUGAGGAUGAUGGUGAGACUAAGGUUGUUUUGAUUGUUGGAGGGUCUUUAGGUGCUAAGGCUGUUAAUAUUGCUAUGUUGAAUGUUUAUCAUCAGAUGUUGAUGGAGAAAGAGAAGGUUUUUCUGAUAUGGCAGACUGGGGUUGAAGCCUUUAAUGAGAUGGAGAGCCUUGUUAAGAAUCACCCUCGUUUGUAUUUAACACCUUUCAUGCAUUCCAUGGAUUUAGCAUACCUUGCUGCAGAUGUUGUUAUUUCCAGAGCUGGUGCAAUGACUUGUUAUGAGCUCUUGGCCUUUGGGAAGCCUUCUAUUAUGAUACCAUCGCCAAAUGUUUCUGAAGGGCAUCAGUUUAAAAAUGCAUCUCUAAUGACAGAUUUAGCUGAUGCACAGGUUAUAACUGAAGAUGAACUAGAUUCGACCACCCUCAAAACUGCCAUUGAAGAUUUAUUAGGGGAUGAGAGAAAAAUGGCAGACAUGUCUGAGAGGGCUCUUAAAGCUGCAAAGCCUAAUGCCUCUGCUGAUAUUACUCACCACAUUCUUUCUCUGGUCGAUGUUUCAUUGACCAAGAAGUAACAAUAACUCAAAGAAUUCUUCUUCUCUUGUUAUCUUCUACAAAUUUUCUAUUUGGGAAAAUAUCAUUCCAUCAGAACAAAAAUUACAUCAGUGUAUGUCAAUUCAAGAAAAACAUCAUUGUUUUCAGAGGGAGAAAAACCUGAGGUUGUAGACAAGACAAAUAUCAUCUUGAUUUGACCAUUUGAGCAUCUGGGUCUCCUUCAAAUUUCAGGUAGUGUUUAUCAGUGUAACUUCAUUAAUCCCCAAUAUUAUUUAGAGAGAUUGUGUAGUCUACUGUUGUUGUAAUACAAUGAACAAGUGCACAUAUAUACAUACACACAUCUCUCAGCUCACUUAAUGUACCCUUUUUGAAUCUUUAUGAUAUAUUUGUGUGAAUAUUUAUAUACUUGUUCUAAAUCAA